AUGUGGUUCGAUGGCAAAAACUUUCAGGGAUUUCAACAUAUCCGUCAUGCUUGUGAUCAAGGUGAUGGUAUUGAGGGCUAUGGCUAUUACAAACAUGAUGGUAGAGACUUUGCAUCUCAGAAUAUAAAUGAUAAACCUUCUAAUAUAAGGCUUAAAACCGAAUUCUUGAAUAUACCCGGUGGAGAUUGGGGUGUUCGCAUCCGAGGUAUACCAUAUAAUGAGCAUGAAGAGCCUGUCACAUCUGUCUUGUUCUAUGUCGGAAUUGACGGUGCUGGUGGUAUAGAUAUCAUGAGUAAACUGGCCAAGAAGGGUUUGCAUUCGCCUGUCAAAUUAGAAGGCGACACUCCAGAUUUGGGAGACUUUGAGAUACAAAUUGUCGAUGAUCCCUUAAAUGUUUAUCCUCAAGAUGAUAUGGACGGGCAAGAUCUUCAGUUAACUCAAUGGUUUGGAAGAGAACUUCCACAAGGAACUAUCUGGAGAGCAAAAGAGAUCGUAUUCGAAAACAUCGUCAGAAAUGCCAGAGAUAGACUCCAAGGUAUACAAGAAAAGGAGCAAGAGGCUCUAGCAAAGCCAUUUAAAUAUUUUAUCCUGGGGAAUACGUUGGAAGAAGCUGAUGGUGAAGUAGCUAAUGUAUACGUGUUUCAGAAAGUUUUCAAAGGCGAGUUCCAGUUCGAUGUGCUUUUCCGUUCCAUGAACACAGAUAAUCAAAUAACCACUGAAACACUCAGUGCGGGCUUGCAUAGAAAGGAAAUCGACUUUGAUAAUCGUUUCGAAUCUAUUUUCCAACUGAAGCAAAAAGGAUUUACAGAUGAUGAAAUUGAAUUUGCUCAAUACUUAUUGAGUAAUAUGCUCGGUGGAAUUGGCUACUUUUAUGGCUCAUCCGUCAUUGAUCGUUCUCAUCCGCCUAUGCAAGAUGAAGAGGAUUUCAAAGGAGAACCCGUAAAGCCUGAGUUAGCGCCCCCACAGGCCUUAUUUACAGCAACUCCUAGUCGUCCAUUCUUCCCUCGCGGGUUUUACUGGGAUGAAGGCUUCCAUCAGUUACUCAUUGGAGCUUGGGAUAAUGACCUUAGUUUGGAUAUUAUUAAACAUUGGACUGAUUUAAUAGAUGAAAACGGUUGGAUUGCGCGUGAACAAAUUCUCGGGGAAGAAGCACGUAGCAAAGUGCCACAGGAAUUCCAAACUCAAUUCCAUCAUUACGCCAACCCUCCUACUCUAUAUCUUUCUAUCAAGCAAUAUAUUGAUCGCCUGGAAAAACAUUCGCGGCAUAAAAUGUUGAAUGAGAUAAGCAGCCAAGCGAAUCAAUUCAAAAUGGGUACUUUGGAGAAUACCGAUAUCCUUCGCAAUCUGCAUUUAGAUGAUCAAAAAUUAGCUCUCGAUUGGCUCAAGUCAAUUUAUCCUAAACUUCGCAAAAAUUGGCUCUGGUUCCGCUCUACACAACAUGGUUAUUUGGAACGUUUCGGCCGCCAAGCACCCUAUGAUGAGGCUUAUCGCUGGAGAGGACGUACUCCUAAUCAUACAUUGACGUCUGGUUUAGAUGAUUAUCCUCGUGGCCAGCCUAGUGUUGGUGAAUUACACGUUGAUCUCCAUUCUUGGAUGGCUUUCGCUACUGGGCUUUUGGAAAAUAUUGCUGCUAAACUGGGCCCUGAAUACGAGAACGAUAAAAAUGAAUAUUCAGAAAUUCAAAAACACAUGCUUAUCAAUCUUGAUAUUCUUCAUUGGAACAAGGAAAAGCAAAUGUACUGCGAUCAAGCCAUAGAAAAUAACAAGCCUGUUCAUAUAUGCCAUAAAGGUUAUCUCUCACUCUUCCCUAUGAACCUUGGACUUUUGCCCGCUGAUUCACCAAAGCUUGGCGCUAUUUUAGAUCUAAUCGAGUCCGAACUAUGGUCUCCUUACGGCUUGAGAUCUUUAUCAGCCUCCGAUCCCUAUUUCUCUACAGGCGAAGAUUACUGGCGAGGCCCCAUUUGGAUCAAUAUCAAUUAUUUGACACUUCAAAGCUUGUAUAAGAAUUAUAUGCAUACCCCGGGCCCUUAUCAAGACCGUGCUCAACGCAUCUAUACUCGUUUAAGACAGAAUCUCAUUCGUAAUGUUUACAAGAACUAUAAGAAAACCGGAUACGUGUGGGAACAAUAUUCUGAAAAUGACGGACAUGGUUUGCGUAGUCAUCCUUUUACCGGCUGGUCCAGUUUGAUUUUGCUUAUUAUGGCAGAAAAAUACUAG